AUGGUCACAACAAGUGAAAAAUCAAUCAUGCCGGUGGAACGCGGGCCAUAUGCCAUCUGGACUGCCAUCUGGGUCACCUGGAACAUCUUCAUCAUCUGCUUUUAUCUGGAGGUUGGCGGCCUUUCCAAGGACAGUGAGCUCUUGACCUUUAACAUCUCCCGCCACCAGUCGUGGUGGAGCGAAAAUGGUCCCGGCUGUGUUCGGAAGGAGACCCCCAUGAUGGGCAUCAAGGGCUUGGACAGCCAUUCUUACGUCUCCGUGAUUGGCUGUGCUCUGGAGUAUCGCUACAUUGAAGUCAUGCACAGCGCGGUGCAGAUCCUGGUGGCUCUGGUGGGCUUCGUCUACGCCUGUUACGUUGUCAGUGUUUUUACAGAAGAAGAGGACAGCUUUGAUUUCAUUGGUGGAUUUGAUCCAUUCCCUCUCUACCAUGUCAAUGAAAAGCCCUCCAACCUUUUGUUCAAGCAGACAUACCUGCCUGCGUAAGUGAGAGGGAUCCGGAGACCGGACUGGGCAGAAGGCAGGAGCGGCGAGGAUCACCCUUUGCGCACCAGCUGUCCCAGAUGUGCGGCAGGAGCGACAGGAAACAUGCCCCGUUGAGAAGGACACCAGCAGAAUGGCUGUACUUUUCGAGCCGUCGCCAUGGCCAAAAUAUCGGUUUCGCUGGCCUCCUGGAGGGCCCGGCUCAUAAAGGGACCUGCGGUUUUUGCUAUAAAUGAAUUAAAUAGAAAGUGGAUCUCAUCCCCACCCCCAAAGCUCCACUGAGAA